AUGGCAGACAUCAAGAGCACCACCAAUUCAAAUCCUGCCCCCAAACAGGGAGGCGAUGGGGUAGAGCAACAACAUAAGCCCCUUCCACUCCCCCCAACGCCCGAUCAAUCCACCACUGCGAAUGAUGGGGUAAAGCAGCUCAACGCCCAGGGCGGCUCAGUGUCAUUCGACCACCUGGGACCAAUAGUCGUAAAUCAAGACGGGACCAUGUCGCGGGUGGCCAACUGGCCCAAUAUGACGCAGAUAGAGCGCGAAAACACCCUUCGUAUCCUGGGAAAACGCAAUCAGCUCAGGCUGGCAGCACUACGAAAAGCAGCCGAAGACACAGAGAAGGCGGGUGAUGGGGAGACGAAGAACUGA